AAAUUGGAAUCGAACUAUCCGGCGUAGAGGGUAACAGAGUAAAGUCAAUGAUAUGGAAGCCAUUUGUGCUUAUCUGCACCAUGAUAUACAUAGUACUAUCCUUUGUCUUCUCCGGCAAAGUUCUGAUAGAAGUAAAGAGCUACAAUCUCCCAACUGCAUCUGAGCUUCUACACCAUAGAUUGAAAGUCCAGACGGAACAUGGCUCAGGCAACUAGCCUCGUAUGUACAUACAAGAAGUGAUACUGUCCAUUAACAA